GUACAUUGGCAAUACGAAGAUGCUCCUUUGCCUCCUCUGUCAGCUGUCAGCACAAAGGCACAGCUACCGGAAAUAUCAAAUGAUACACCUUCAUUACUUUCGCCUAUAGCCUCUAACACUUCGAUCUCUAUGAAAGCAGACCUUCAGCAGCAAAUUCGGACUCUGGUUCUACGGGGCCAGGUAGCUAGCUCUCCACUUGCAGUGACCACUGUGAUCGCCUCACCUGCUACCACAGAAGCUGGUAGCUCAGAUAGCUGUUCCUCUGGUCAUGGUGAUAAGCCAAACAAGUAUUUCUUGCUUAUUAUAAAUUAA